GCCUGCGCGGGAGGCGGCGCUCGGGGCUGCGGUUCCCGGCACGCCCUGGAAGAAGGCGGCCAGUGCGGGGCGGCCCCGCGGUCAGCUCGGCCCGGCAGGGAUGGACGCCGUGCGGCUCUGCGCGCUCUGGCUGCCCGGCCUGGUCCUCAUCCGCCCGGGGUCGGGAAGGGGCCCGGGAGACCCGACUGUACCGGCAUGCUCUAAUUUCUCCUUCAAGUCCUGUGAAGAAUGUCUAAAAAAUGUUUCAUGCCUUUGGUGUAAUACAAAAAACACUUGUAUGGACUAUCCUGUGAGAAGUAUUCUUCCAUCAUCUUCACUGUGUCCACUCUACGAUGCUCGAUGGGGUGUUUGCUGGAUGAACUUUGAGGCCUUCAUCAUUGCCAUAGCUGUAAUAGCAGGACUCAUCCUGCUGUCCAUUGGUGUCUGUUGCUGUUACUGCUGCUACUGCAGAAGGCGUUCUAGGGGUGUACCAGAUGAAGAGGAAGAAAGACUUGCCAGAGAUCGAGAGGAGAGACGAAUGCAAUCUCUUCAGCGGAAACAUGAAAGAAAAAUGAAACAGGAUGAGAUACGCAAGAAAUAUGGAUAUGAUGAUAUCCAAUAUUUACUCCCCUGCUUGAAUUGCCAAGGAUAUACUGUAGCAUUGCACAUUAUUCUAUUGACAGAUGUUACAUAUAAUAAAGUCUCCUUCAGGAUUCUGAUCAUCCUUACAGUAGAUUUGAGAAUGAAUGAAAACAGACACUGUUGAAUCUCCUCAUCAAAAGCUAAGAUUCCAGGAUAAAUGAGCACUUUUAUUUUGCUUUUCAGCGGUCUUCAGGCUUCCUUUUUUGCAGGUUUUCAGACAGUAAAAAUAAGUGCACAAAUAUUUACUAAAAUAUGUAUUUUUUAAUCUGGCAUAUUUAUCUUUUAGAACUAAAUUUUUAUAAACACUUUUGGUUUUCGAAAUGUUUGCCAAUUGUGCUCUCAUUAAAUGUGAAAUGUCACCUUUCGACUUUUAAUAAAGCUUUUCUUUGGAAUCUGAUUUAAAUAGUUAACUUCCUAAUCAUGUAUUUGAACUAAUAUCUUAGCUCACCUUUCUCUUUAAAAAAAAAAAUCCUCUGUUCCCACGUUCCUAAAUAAAGAUUUUUUUUCUAAA